AUGCCCCCUCCCCCCCAGACCAACAUAGGGUCUAUCCUGGCAGCAGUGAACCCCUAUAAGCAGAUCCCAGGUCUGUAUGACCCAGAAGCAGUAGGCCUGUAUAGUAGACACCACCUGGGAGAGCUGCCCCCCCACAUCUUCGCUGUGGCCAACGAGUGUUACCGCUGCCUCUGGAAGAGGCACGACAGCCAGUGUGUUCUCAUCAGGUCAGUUCACCAGGGGCUUGGGAACCCACAUGGCAUUAACUAGUAACUAAUCACAACAGACUAGAGACUCCAACACACACAUAAACACAAACACACACACACAAGUAGUUUAAUACAUGGUGAACUUGUACUGAACCCCAUUUAGUGUAUAUAGUCAUAUGUCAUGUAUAUAGUCAUAUGUCAUGUAUAUAGUCAUAUGUCAUGUAUAUAGUCAUAUGUCAUGUAUAUAGUCAUAUGUCAUGUAUAUAGUCAUAUGUCAUGUAUAUAGUCAUAUGUCAUGUAUAUAGUCAUAUGUCAUGUAUAUAGAUAGCUGACAUGCGUGUGUCUAUCUCCAUGUAUAUAGAUAGCUGACAUGCGUGUGUCUAUCUCCAUGUAUAUAGAUAGCUGACAUGCGUGUGUGUAUCUCCAUGUAUAUAGAUAGCUGACAUGCGUGUGUCUAUCUCCAUGUAUAUAGAUAGCUGACAUGCGUGUGUCUAUCUCCAUGUAUAUAGAUAGCUGACAUGCGUGUGUCUAUCUCCAUGUAUAUAGAUAGCUGACAUGCGUGUGUCUAUCUCCAUGUAUAUAGUCAGCUGAUAUGCGUGUGUGUAUCUCCAUGUAUAUAGUCAGCUGACAUGCGUGUGUCUAUCUCCAUGUAUAUAGUCAGCUGACAUGCGUGUGUCUAUCUCCAUGUAUAUAGAUAGCUGACAUGCGUGUGUCUAUCUCCAUGUAUAUAGAUAGCUGACAUGCGUGUGUCUAUCUCCAUGUAUAUAGUCAGCUGACAUAUCUGUGUGUGUAUCUCCAUGUAUAUAGAUAGCUGACAUGCGUGUGUCUAUCUCCAGCGGCGAAUCAGGAGCAGGGAAGACUGAGAGUACCAAGCUGCUGCUCCAGUUCCUGUCUGUGAUGUCACAGAAGUCUGCCGGGACAGCCCCCUCUAAGAGGAGCACCCGCGGGAGCAGCCAUCGUACAGAGCAA